CCCUUCCGGGGGGCGAUCGCCCAACAAAGGAUCCCCGGGGCGGCCGCCCUCGAGGGCCUCCCCGCCCCUGGAUCCGGCCCCCCCAAACACCCCGGGCCCGGCAUUCCGGAGCUCCCCCGCCGGGCCACCCCGUCGGCGGCUCGGGCGCCCCUCACUCGGCCACGCGUCUGCCUUCCAGGUGGGGCCGGGAGCGGCCAUGUCCCACGGCUCCAAGCAGCCCGGCGCGGCCGCCGCGUGAGUGCGACAUCCCCUCCCCCAGCCCACUCGGGGCUGCAGCCCAGCCCCCGCCCGCCCUGUCGGAGCUCCUCGCCCCGCGCCCCCCGGGGUCUUGACUCCCCCCACACUGCCGGGGCAGGACCUCCCCCUUGCGUCCCCACCGGCCUCUUUCCCCGCCACUCCCCGGCUCAGUUCCUCCCAGAGGUCCCUACGGCCCCCCUAGUGCUCCGGCCCCGUCCCGCGGGUUAAUGAUCCCCGCAGACUCCCCCUCCCAGGACUCAGGCCCCCUCCGUGCCAGCUCCGCGGUCGGGGAUGGAGGUGAGGAUGGGGGUGACCCUGGCGUCCUGCGGCUCCAGGCCGGCGGGCGGCAAGGCUCCGGGGCAGCAUGGGGGCUUCGUGGUGGCUGUCAAGCAAGAGCGCGGCGAGGGCCCACGGGCCGGCGAGAAGGGGUCCCACGAGGAAGAGCCGGUGAAGAAGCGCGGCUGGCCCAAGGGCAAGAAGCGGAAGAAGAUCCUGCCAAAUGGGCCCAAGGCACCGGUCACCGGCUACGUGCGCUUCCUGAACGAGCGGCGUGAGCAGAUUCGCACGCGCCACCCAGAUCUGCCCUUUCCCGAGAUCACCAAGAUGCUGGGUGCCGAGUGGAGCAAGCUGCAGCCGGCCGAGAAGCAGCGGUACCUGGACGAGGCGGAGCGGGAGAAGCAGCAGUACAUGAAGGAGCUGCGCGCCUACCAGCAGUCAGAAGCCUACAAGAUGUGCACGGAGAAGAUCCAGGAAAAGAAGAUCAAGAAAGACUCGGGCUCUGGGCUCAUGAAUACCCUCUUAAAUGGACACAAGGGUGGGGACUGUGAUGGCUUCUCCACCUUCGACGUCCCCAUCUUCACUGAAGAGUUCUUGGACCAAAACAAAGCGCGGGAGGCAGAGCUGCGGCGCCUGCGCAAGAUGAACGUGGCCUUCGAGGAGCAGAACGCGGUGCUGCAGAGGCACACGCAGAGCAUGAGCAGCGCGCGGGAGCGCCUGGAGCAGGAGCUGGCGCUGGAGGAGCGGCGGACGCUGGCCCUGCAGCAGCAGCUCCAGGCCGUGCGCCAAGCGCUCACCGCCAGCUUCGCCUCGCUGCCGGUGCCAGGCACGGGCGAGACGCCCACUCUCGGCACCCUGGACUUCUACAUGGCCCGGUUGCACGGCGCCAUCGAGCGCGACCCCGCCCAGCACGAGAAGCUCAUCGUCCGCAUCAAGGAGAUCCUGGCCCAGGUCGCCAGUGAGCACCUAUGAGGGUGUCCGCGGCCCCACGGAUCCAGAGAAGACUGCCUUUGGUCACGGCCUCUUCCCCACCCCAUGGAGGAGGAUUGGGGGUCCACCUUUUGGGGCCAUGCCCAAUCCUGCACCUUGGGGGCUCCAGCCCCCCAAAAUUAAAUUUCUACAGCAUCCCUCUAGCUUUCGAUUCCCCCAGCAGCCUGACCCCAGAAAAAUCACCUGCUGUACAUGAAACG